CACCAAAAGAUAUUUAAAACUUAGUAUUAACUCAGUAUUCGUUUUGUAUUAAUUCAUCAACAUGGUUCUCUUAAAAGAGUGUUUAUUGUGUCUUAAAAAAUCGUAUCCGAAAAGAAUUCGUUUCUUUUCUGAUAAAAUUCGCGAAUCUACUUACGUUGGAAUUGUAGACGCGCCGGUUGAAGAGGGCCAAAAGAAACGUGGAGUGUCCAAAGCGCCUCAAGUUUUACGAGAAGCCGGAUUGAUUCAAAAAUUAAAAGAAGAUUGUAAUGUGAGCGUUAAAGAUUAUGGCGCGAUUAGUUUUGAUGGGAAUAUUAAAAGUUCGAGCAAAAAAUUACCUGAAAAUAUGCUCAAUUAUGAACGAGUCGUUGGGUAUAAUAAAAAUCUCUCGGAGAUUGUCCAAAAAGUUAUUAAUGAUGGAAGGAUUUGUUUGACUUUAGGCGGAGAUCAUUCAAUAGGAUUAGGAUCUGUUAGUGGUCAUUGUAAAGCAAAAGGAGGUGAAAACACCGCGUUGAUAUGGGUGGAUGCUCACGCUGAUAUCAAUACGAAUAAAACAUCGGAUUCGGGGAAUAUCCAUGGAAUGCCAGUGGCUCUCCUUGCGCAAGAUUUAAUCCCUUAUUGGAGUAAUUUACCUUUUAUGGAUUGGCACCACUCUUUGUUACCACUAAAAAAUAUAGCUUACAUCGGACUUAGAUCGAUCGAUCCUUACGAAGAAUUUCUCAUACAAAAAAUGGGGAUUGUUUGUUAUGAUAUAUAUGAUGUUCAAAAAUACGGUAUUGAUUCCGUUAUUAACGAAUCUUUAAGAAAAAUCGAUCCCGAUGCGACUAAAUCGAUACAUUUAAGUUUUGAUAUUGAUGCUCUUGAUCCAUCGGAUGCUCCGAGUACCGGAACACCAGUUGAUGGUGGGUUAUUAUUAAGAGAAGGAAUUUAUAUAGCAUCGACAAUCCAUAAAACUGGUAGAUUGGGUGCGAUGGAUUUGGUGGAGGUAAAUCCAACUUUAGGAGAUGAAGAAGAUGUCCAAAAAACGAUCAAUUCAGCGUUGCAAGUGAUUGCGGCUGCGUUUGGAUACGGAAGAAGAGGUUUAAAACCUGGUUUGGAAGAUUUAAAACAAGUUCGAUUUUAAAAUUUUAUAAUAUAAUUUUGUGAACUUCAAUUCAAGAUUUUAUUGGUUGAUUUAACUGAACUCUAUUGUAACACCUAAUUAACCUAAAAUAAAAUUACUAUACUCUAUUUUUUAAUUCGGAGGAGUAAAA